UUGCUCAGUUAGUUCUUAGCCUUUGGUUGUUCCUGAACCGCAGUUUUCACCUGAACAUUUUCUGGCAAACGAUGGGGGACGUCGAAGCGAAGACCUUAGGAAUCUUGGACUGGAUACUGUUUGUCUCCCUCUUCGUGGCUUCCUCCGGAAUUGGUGUUUACAGCGCAAUCAAAGGAAAGCGAAAUGAAUCCACCAGUGACUACUUCUUGGGAAGUGGCAAAAUGUCUCUCAUCCCUGUUGCGGUAUCUCUUCUCGUGGGAUUUCUCUCCCCCAUAACCAUAUUAGGCCUCCCAGCUGAAAUGUACUUUUUUGGAACUCAGUUGUCCCUGAGCAUUCUCGGGAUAGUCUACGGGUCGCUGAUAUUACACCAACUUAUACUGCCAGUUUUAUAUCCUCUGAAAAUAGCUUCGAUUAGCCGGUACAUCGUCUUGAGAUACGGUUCCAAAACUCUUAAGAAUUUGGGAUCACUGACUCUCAUGAUCUCGGCUCUCAUCUACAUGAGCAUCGUUCUCUACAGUCCAUCUCUCGCCCUGUCUGCAGUGACAGGUCUUUCACCUAACUUGUCAGUUGCCAUCAUUGGUCUCAGCUGCACAUUUUACAUCACUAUUGGUGGAGUAAAAGCUGUGGUGUAUACAGAUGUACUGCAGUCGUUCCUGAUGGUCCUGGGACUUGUGCUAACAUUUGUUUUCUGUCUCAUGGAUCUGGAUGGCAUUGGUGAUGUCUUCUACAAAGCCGGAAAAGGUGGAAGAUUGGAGUUUUUCAACAUGGAUCCAGACCCUUUGGUUCGUCAUACCUUCUGGUCUGUCCAGAUGCAUGGAAUGGUAGUCGUAGUUUUAAAUGUAGGGCUCAGUCAGCCAGGUCACCAGAGGUUCUCUUCUGUCCCAACUCUUGAUUUGGCUAAAAGAGCUUGUACAAUUUUCUGUCUGGGAGUAUGCGCUACAUGGGUGCUGGUCUACUUUUCCGGUAUCGUGGCAUAUGCAGCAUACAGCACCUGUGAUCCCCUGACAAGAGGAGCAAUACUGAAACCCGACCAGAUCAUGCCGUUUCUGGUGAUGGAAAAGCUCUCACAUCUGCCUGGAGUGGUGGGACUCUUCAUCUCUGCAGUUUAUGCCAGCGUGUUCAGUACUAUGUCAUCAUUCGGGAACUCCUUGGCUUCUCUACUUUGGGAAGACUUUUUCCUAAACUGGACCAUCUUCAAAGAAAUCUCUGAGGCAAAAGCUGUGAGAAUAGUCAAACUUCUUUCUUUGUUGUCAGGCCUCCUGGCUACUGGUCUUGGAAUGCUUGUUGGUCAUCUUGGCAGUAUUGCAAACGUUGCUGCCACAUUUACUCAUGCCAUGGCUGGGCCAAUGUGUGGAUUAUUCUUGGGUGGCAUGUGCCUUCCUUGGUUAAAUCUAAAGGGUGCGUACGCAGGAUUUAUUUCAUCUGCGAUAUUCGCUGUCUGGCUUGUUGUGGGAAAGUUUGUUAAUGGCCUAGGAAACCCGAAAAAACUUCCUCUGUCCACUGACGGAUGCCUGGAAAAUGUGGUCAACUUUUCCAACGUAACCCUAAACCUCACUUCAUCUCUUUCUAGUGACCCUCUUCCAGGGGCCAAUGCAAUUUACUCCGUCGUCGGGGAUGACGUAACAACUGCAGUUCCUACUUUUGCGGGAGAAGAGGAGGAGAGAGGAUUUUACCAUCUUAGCUACUGCUACAACGGCAUUGUAGGGAUGCUGAUCUUCUUCGUUGUUGGCAGCAUUGCUUCGUUUUUCACGGGUCCUCUAAACCCACAUGAAAUAGACGAUCGACUGAUCAGCCCUCGGUGCUUGAAGUUUUCCAAAUGGGUCCAUAACGCCUUCAAACAUUCUGAUCUUCGAGACACUACGGGAAAGACUGCCAUUCCUGAUAGUAAAGUGGAGGCCAUCAUCCAUAAGGAGGAAACAGCAAAGCAAGUCGAGCCUGCAGCUUACACUGAGAUUCACCUGUGAGGAGUCCAUUUCGACGGAGACCUUGAUACAAAUACACACACACACUGACACACACACACACACACACAUAUAUAUAUAUAUAUAUAUAUAUAUAUAUAUAUAUAUAUAUAUACUUUAAAAAUCACAAUAGAUGCACGUGACUACAUUAAAUAAGCGAAUACCACA